AUGAGUAACGAACAGCGAGAACUGGAAAAAACUGAACGAGCUAAACGUCUUGAAAAAUUAUCAAUAAUUGUUGAUAGAUUUGAAAUAGCACGAAGAAUCGGUGGAGGAUCCUUUGGCGAAGUAUUUUUAGCUUUGGAUAAACAAACAAAUAUCACUUGUGCUGUAAAAACAGAACGGAGCGACACAAAACAUCCACAAUUACGAAUAGAACAACAAGUAUUCCUUCGUAUGGAAAAUACGAAAGGUUAUCCAGCGUUGUAUGCCGUAUGCGAAGAAAAAGGCUUUGUUGUCUUAGUGAUGGAAUUAUUAGGUCCAUCUAUAGAAGAUUUACUUAAUUUUUGUCAACGGCGCUUUAGUGAGAAGACUGUAUUAAUGUUAAUUGAUCAAGCUGUAAGUCGUGUACAAUCGAUGCAUGAUCGAAGUCUAAUCCAUCGAGAUUUGAAACCUGUAAGUGAGACGAGCGAAUGGGCAUGUAGAAAAGAAAAAUUGGAAAUACUCUUUUUACAGGACAAUUUCUUGAUGGGUUGUAAUGCUAAAGCGAAUACGCUACAUUUGAUCGAUUUUGGUUUAUGUAAACAAUAUCGAGAUUCAUUGUCGUAUCAACAUGUUCCGUUUGUGGAAGGGAAAAGUUUAACAGGUACAGCUCGAUAUGCUAGUUUAAAUACUCAUCAAGGUUUUGAACAAGGAAGACGAGACGAUUUAGAAAGUAUAUUGUAUAUUUUGAUAUAUCUUGCCAGAGGAGAAUUGCCAUGGAUGGGUAUAAAAAAUAUAAACACGAAAAAACAAAAGUAUGAAAUUAUAUCAGCCAAAAAAAUGGAAAUUACGGGAGCUGAUUUAUGCCGUGACUUACCAAAAGAAUAUCGUCUGUUUAAUGAUUAUGUAAAAGCAUUAGAAUUUAGUGAAAAACCUGACUAUUAUUAUAUUCGGUCCCUAUUAAGAUCGCUCUGCAUUAAACGAGGAUAUGUUUACGAUUAUAUUUAUGAUUGUGCAGAAGUUAUUGAUUCAUAUAAUGUAUUACCGGUUAAUGCUGAAUUGAUAAACAAAUAUUCAAAAUAUAUUAAAACAAUAUCCAAACGUGUUGUCGAAGUUGAAUUUUGUUGGUUUCAAAAAGAACCAAGACAAAGUUUUAAAAUGUGUAUGACAGAAAAACAAUUUGAAGAAGCAAAGAAAAAUAAUCGAUCAAAAAAACUUCUUCAAAUGAAAUUUGAAAAAUUUAUCGAUUUAAUCGCUGUUGUCUUUGCAAAUGAUGCCGCUAUUGAUACGUAUACAUUACGAAAUACAUUUGAUGAACUUUUUGAUCAAAAUAAUAAUGGAACGAUAGAACGUGAAGAAUUUGAAUCAUUACUGACUUUGUUGCAAUCAUUUCAUCAUGAAAAAUAUUCAUAUAUUAAUCUUCAAUUAACAGAGAAUUUUAGACGAGCAUUUGAAGAUGCAAAUAACCAUAUUAGUUUUAAAGAUUUUUGUGAUUUUGUUAGAAAAGGAUAUGUUCGAGAAUUAUUUAUACGUUAA